AGUCCUGGGCGGCCUCUCGCAGACGGACUCCCGUGACUACAGCUUGGUGACAGCCAGCUGUGGCUUUGGCAAAGAUUUCCGCAAGGGCAUCCUCAAGAAAGGCAUGUGCUACGGGGAUGACGCCUGCUUCGUGGCCCGGCACCGGUCGGCAGAUGUGCUGGGGGUAGCAGAUGGUGUAGGUGGCUGGAGAGACUAUGGGGUUGACCCUUCUCAGUUCUCAGGGACUCUAAUGCGAACAUGUGAACGUUUAGUAAAAGAAGGACGGUUUGUACCAAGUAAUCCUGUUGGGAUUCUCACCGCAGGUUAUUGUGAGCUGCUGCAGAACAAAGUACCUUUGCUUGGAAGCAGUACAGCUUGUAUAGUAGUUCUGGACAGAACAAGUCAUCGCCUACAUACAGCCAACUUGGGCGACUCUGGGUUUUUGGUAGUCAGAGGAGGAGAGGUAGUACAUCGCUCUGACGAGCAGCAGCAUUACUUCAACACUCCGUUCCAACUGUCAAUAGCUCCACCAGAAGCAGAAGGAGUUGUCUUAAGUGACAGCCCUGACGCUGCUGAUAGUACUUCUUUUGAUGUCCAACUCGGAGACAUUAUUUUGACUGCAACAGAUGGACUGUUUGACAACAUGCCUGACUACAUGAUUCUGCAGGAGUUAAAAAAGCUGAAGAACUCCAACUACGAGAGUAUACAGCAGACUGCGCGAAGCAUCGCUGAGCAAGCUCACGAGCUGGCGUAUGAUCCCACUUACAUGUCACCGUUUGCACAGUUUGCGUGUGACAACGGAUUGAAUGUGAGAGGGGGAAAACCAGAUGACAUCACCGUCCUUCUUUCUAUUGUAGCUGAGUAUACAGACUGAUCUGCCCGGCGCGUCGGCUUCUGGCGCGGUCCUUGUCCCCGAGCUCCUCGCUUCACACGUACGGUUUCCUGCUGGCAGGAUCGCUUUCUUCCUUCGCAGCUGAUCUCAGCAGCCGGUUCUCGAGCGCGUUGCCUGUCUGGAGACGCAACCGAAGUCAUUGCUAAGAACCGCUCGCGUAGUACACUGGUCUUUGUCUGCCGGCAAGAAAUGAAGAAGCUCAAGGCUUGAAGCAUGUCUUUCAGAGCUUAGUCGUUGCCCUUAAAAGGGGGAAGAUCAAUCCCACGUCCUUCCUGCGUUUGGAAUUGUGACUUUCAGAGGAGUGGAGUUGGUUUAUCAUCUUUCAGACUAGAUUCGAUAGGAAAACCCACCCCAACGAGAGGGCACGUUACUCUAUUUACUAGAAAUGUUCUCUGUCCAUCACAGGGUAUGUCCCAGGCCACCGUUCCAUCAGCCUAGUCUUGUUACAGUGAUAGCUGAGGUUUCGUGUUUCCGAGCUCCGGUUUUCAGGAGGUUUAGAACUGCUGUAACCGUUCUGCUCUUGCCAUACAUGGUGUCAGCCUAGGAGCCUUUUCUAGUACGAAAUUUCAAAACCCAUACUUAGUUCUAAGUUAAAUGGAUGCAAAUGUGUUUCGUGAUUUCAGGUGCUUAACUGUGAUCUUAAAAGUUCUGCAGAUCAUUCGUCCGUAAUGGGCCCGGUAUCUGGAUGUUUUGGCUGUGGAUAAUUUUUAUUUUAUUUUAUUUUUAAAAAAAAAAAAACCAAAAGUUUUAAGCAGUCUCAAAAAGCCGAGCUGGCCAAAGCUUGAGGUCCUUUCAGCGUUGUAACCCAUCUCGCCAGCGCGGGAUGAUGCGGCAUAAAUGCUGGGGUGGGAGGGGUUGGACAAGGAACAGACCACCCUCAGCUCCGCGCGGCUUCCCUUUGGGCAGAUAAUUCUGUUGUGACCGAAACGUGAUUUGUGUUCCCGAUUGCCAUUCUCGCCUGCGUAGAACAGACCACGCCGCGCCAGUUUAAGUCCAGUCAAUCUUUACCUUUCCGACUCUCAAACGAGCACCUCUUCCUUACGCGGCGGCGGCGGCAGCAGCAAGUGCGUAAGUGGAAACUAAUGAUGAAUAAUCAGCAAAUCUUACAUUUCAGUAACUAAAGUUUAGGGGUUUCGGAAUGAACCUUCAUGAUGUUUACAGUUCUCGAACAGCCACUUUGCAAUAUUACAUUUCCUUUUGAAUUACAGCAGCUCGCGUUUGCCCCCCCCCCCCGCCCCAGCAAGCUUUCCUUUCUCUUGCCCGAGGUUCACACAAAAAGCGGAGAGCUGUAAAGAUAUAUAUAUUUUUGGUCAGUUUUUCAUUAACUUUUUUGCUGGUAGAAAAGUACGUAGAAAUAAAUUAAAGCCAUGUUUUUAUAUAUAAAAAAAGUCGGGUAAUGUUGCUGUUUAGGCGAGUGCAGUUAAACUUGGUCAGUAAGUAAUCUUACCUGCUCUCGAAAGGAGAUUUUUACUACCUGGUUUAUUGUAUUAAAACUGUUUAAGUUUGAGGUUACCUCAACUUGUUUAAAGAAUUUUUGUGGACUUGUACUGUAUAUUUGCGUAACUACGUCAAGCUUUUAUUUAAGAUCAUUUAACAUGUACCAUGUACAUGUCAUUUUACUGUAUUUCAAUGCAUCAUGCUUGUAACAGGCAUUUCAUUUAUAAUAAGUGAUUAAUUUGGAAGCUCGUUGGUAAUUUAUCUGCUAUUCCUAAAUUGGCAUAAUGUUAGCGAUCGAUUUUAAAUCACCUUGUAAUUACUUGUCAAAAAUGCCUUAACUACCCUAACUUGACCAAAACACUCUUUUGGUGAGGGUAUGGGGAGGAUUAUAUUAAUGAAGACAAUUUAAUGAGUUUUGCGAUCCGUGGAGCAGUCGCGUGGUGGAUGACUUUGCACAAAUUGUCAGUCCUUGUCGUUGUGUAAAAUUGAACAAGCUGCGCCUAGCGGUCUCGUUAGGAGGAAUGUAUCCCCGCUGCAGUACAGGGCUUUGCUUCUGGCGGGCGGGAGGGGCUUUCUCUCCCCAGCCCGCGUGUCUUUUACGUUUUAUUCUCCAGUAUUUACUAUCGCGCGUCUCGAUUAGAGCAGAUUGGAUCAAUUCUUUCCCUUGAACUUCCCCUAAACCACUGCAGACCCGGACUGUGCUGCACUCUGGCCCCUGGCUCUCG